AGGUAGGCGCUGGACGUAAACGUAACGGCGGGUGGGAAGCCGGAGGGACGGUCGCCAUGAACCGGAAUGUGGCGGUAGUGGGAGACACCUUGCCUGACAAGCUUGACAUGUCUCUAGAUGACAUAAUUAAACUGAAUAAACAGCAGCGGAAUGUAAAGAAAGCUCUGCCACUGAAGGGAAGGCAGGCAUUAAAUGGAUCUCUCCAUUUCAAGAUGCAACAGAAAAGAUCAAGUAGUUGGCGUGGAAUCCCACAGAGAUUUGGAACAGCUGCGAACAGACAAGGACCAGUGGGUAAGAGGAGAGGUUCUGGACCGUGGAGGAGGCGGUUUCAGGGUGUAAUAACUGGCCUGGCAGCAAGAAAAGCUUUAAUGCUACGGAAGUGGACCGGCCCACUCAACAGAUCGCCCCUAAGUCAUAAGCAGGCUGGACAGAGGUCAAGGGCUCCGCUCCAGAGCAGCACACCAGUAAUGAGGCAGAAUGAAGGACAGUGGAGAUACAUGCCAACUCUGAUGCAUUCGAUGCAGCUAAAGAGGAGGAAUCCAGUGCAAAAUAAUUCCUUCAGGACUCCAGCAAAGAUGCAGCAAAACAAAGAAGUGCGACAGGCAACAUUUCUUUUCAAAAGAGGCCUAAAGGUGCAUAUGCAAACUGAACAAGGGGUGAAAGGAGGAGCUACUAAGAAAAGGACACAACCGUGGUUAGCCAAUUCUGGUGCUGCUACAUUUGACCAAGGUCGCAUUCCCAUUAGCAGCGGAGGAAUUUUGACUGUGUCCAUUCAGAACCCAUCUGCCAAAAAUACAGAUUCCCAACAGUUCAGAAUUAGACGUCCCCCUUUGAUACCAUUUGCAGUAAAAAAGGAGAUUGAUGAAAAGAGAGAGCCACCAAGAGGAGUGCCUCUGGAGUUUGAUAUCAACAGUGUUGGAAGACAGACUGGCAUCACCUUAAAUGAACGAUUUGCAAUUCUCAAGGAGCGGCGAACAGCAGAGACACCAAGCAAAGGAGGACGCUUUGUGACUGUGGGAUAGAUGAGCUAAAUGACAUUUCAUCUGACAGAAUUGUUGGGAAGUUGUUCACAGGCACUCUGGAGUGAUUUGCUGUCACAAACUGACACUACACAUAUAAGCAGAUCUGCUUGGCUGUACUUUAAGGAUAAUUGUACAGUAACCAUACAGAAGAACGGCUGACAUUCCGAUUAUGUUUUAAAGUUUUGUUUUUGCCUGGGGAACAGUAGUUGGAGGAGAUGAUAUCGAACAAACUGUUUAAAUUGUCUCAUUGCAAAGACUGAACUUUGUUAAUUUCAAGAAACAAUUCACUAGGUGAAGAGAAUAUCUAAAUCCAGCACAGUUGACUUAAAAUUCAGUAUUUUUGAAGACUUGUUGAAGUUUCAAUCUAAUUUUUUUUAUUAAAAGUUUACCAGUUUCACAGUUUUGUAAGAAGGAUUAUGUCUAUUGAAUAGUGAUAUCUCAUCAAAAAAAAUCCAGAGGCACUUUUUCUUAAUUGGUGAUUGGAAAUAUUUUCAACUCUUGCCAGGCCAAGUAGCCCUAAAGCACCAUAAGAAUUCUCAGAGGUGGCUGCAGAAAACUUCCUGACUUAAAAUGCAGCUUUAUAAAAGAUUGUAGUCGUUAUUUCCUUAAUGUUGGCAAUGAUGCAAAGUUGUAUUGGCUGAGAAAUUGAGGUACAACGUUUGAAAAUCAGUCAUGGGAAGGCAUUUCAUUUCCUUGAAGGUGUUUAUGCACCAACUAAUCGAGCACUAUUUUCGGGUAUUUUGUAUUAAAUCUCAAUAACAAAGAUUGGAACAUUUUAGUGAAGCUCUCUUACUGAGAUGUUUAGAUGCUUUAACUACAUUUUUAAUAACGAGUACAGUGUUUAAAAGGUUUCAUUUGUUUCUCUUGUAAAACAGUAAGUGUCAUGGCUUGGGAAGUUUGAUCAGAGCAUGUCUGUUUUAAAAAUGGACUAGCUGUUAUCAUAUGUCUCAGCCAUUCUUUUAAGAAUUUAAAAUCCUCUGCCAUAUGCCAUAUUACGUGAGCGGCAUGAGUGUAAUUUUGCUUAUAUAACUUGUACUGUUUUGCAUUAAAAAUAGGUUGAAAAUCCA